UGCCCAGCUUGCGGGUGACCCGGCCGGCUGCACUCUCUACCCGGGGCGGCGGCUGAGCUCGCAGAGCCCUGCUCGGUGGCCGCUUCCCUCCUUUCCCUCCUCUUUGCGUCAUGUCGGACACUUGAUUAUUAUUAUUUUUUUUGAUUUCUCUUUUAGCCGUCCCGCCUUCCCCUCCUCCUUCCUUUCCCAGGUUGAUUUUCCUCCCUUCUUCUCUGGGCUUGCCCAUGAGCCUCCUCGGGAGCUACCGGAAAAAGACCAGCAGCGAUGGUUAUGAAUCUUUGCAGCUGGUGGAUAGUCACGGGGACUCCGGCACCGGGGCCGGCCCGCAGAGGGUGACCGCGGCCGCGGCGCGCAGUCCCGCCCGGCAGCCUCCGCACCGCGCCAGCACCACGGACAGCUCAGGUGCCUCAUCUCCAGACAUGGAGCCCAGCUAUGGGGGAGGCCUUUUUGACAUGGUGAAAGGUGGUGCAGGGAGGCUCUUCAGUAACCUGAAGGACAACUUGAAAGACACCCUCAAAGACACAUCCUCUAGAGUCAUCCAAUCUGUUUCCAGCUAUACAAAGGGAGACCUAGACUUCACUUAUGUCACCUCCAGAAUUAUUGUGAUGUCCUUUCCUAUGGACAAUGUUGACAUAGGAUUCAGGAAUCAGAUUGAUGACAUUCGUAGCUUUUUGGAUUCUAGACAUCUUGACCACUACACAGUAUACAACCUGUCACCCAAGUCUUACCGGACUGCCAAGUUUCACAGUCGGGUCUCAGAGUGCAGCUGGCCCCUCAGGCAGGCCCCUAGUCUGCACAACCUCUUUGCUGUCUGUCGGAAUAUGUACAACUGGCUGCUGCAGAAUCCGAAAAACGUCUGUGUUGUCCACUGUUUGGAUGGACGGGCGGCAUCAUCAAUUCUGAUUGGUGCUAUGUUCAUUUUCUGUAAUCUCUACGCUACGCCUGGCCCGGCUGUUCGAUUGCUCUACGCAAAGCGACCAGGAAUUGGUCUGUCGCCAUCCCACAGGAGGUACCUGGGAUACAUGUGUGACCUACUUGCAGAUAAGCCCUACCGCCCACACUUCAAGCCUCUCACGAUCAAGGUGAUCACUGUCAGUCCAAUUCCUUUCUUCAAUAAACAGAGAAACGGAUGUCGCCCUUACUGUGAUGUGCUGAUUGGAGAAACUAAAAUAUAUUCAACUUGCACAGAUUUUGAACGAAUGAAAGAAUACCGUGUUCAAGAUGGGAAAAUCUUCAUCCCCUUGAAUAUCACUGUACAAGGCGAUGUUAUCGUUUCCAUGUACCACUUGCGGUCAACCAUUGGCAGCCGACUGCAGGCUAAGGUGACCAACACACAGAUAUUCCAGCUGCAGUUUCAUUCUGGAUUCAUACCACUGGACACGACAGUUUUAAAGUUCACCAAGCCUGAGUUGGAUGCAUGUGAUGCACCAGAAAAAUAUCCUCAGCUGUUCCAGGUGACACUGGAUAUAGAAGUACAGCCCAACGACAAAGUGAUAGACUUGACCCCACCGUGGGAGCAUUACUGCACAAAGGACGUGAACCCCAGCAUCCUCUUCUCCUCUCAGCAGGAGCAUCAGGACACUCUGGCUUUAGGGGGUCAGGCUCCAGCAGAUCUCCCUCCGGACCAUCCCAGGCAUCUUGGGCAAGGCGGCUUCUUUGCCUCUCUCUGUUGGCAAGAUCAGAAAUCAGAGAAGUCGUUCUGUGAGGAGGACCACGCUGCCCUGGUGAAUCAGGAAAGUGAGCAGUCGGAUGAUGAACUUCUGACCCUCUCCAGUCCGCAUGGCAAUGCCAAUGGUGACAAGCCUCAUGGAGCCAAGAAGCCCAGUAAAAAGCAACAGGAGCCAGCUGCCCCUCCUGCCCCCGAGGAGGUGGACCUUCUGGGCCUGGAAGGGUCUGAUGUGAGCACGAACUUCUCUCCACUGGCGGCUCCUCCCAGCAAUUCUGAACUGCUGAGUGACCUGUUUGGGGGAGGAGGUACCACUGGCCCUGCCCAAAUGGGACAGGCAGGGGUGGAAGAUGUGUUUCACCCUAGUGGACCUGCAUCUGCGCAGUCAACACCUCGCCGUGGAGCCACCUCUGCCUCAGCAUCGCCAACCCUACGAGUGGGAGAAGGUGCCACCUUUGACCCAUUUGGAGCCCCGGCUAAGCCAUCAGGUCAGGACUUGCUGGGCUCCUUCCUGAGCACAUCCAAUGCUUCUAGUGACCCCUUUCUGCAGCCCACCAGAAGUCCUUCUCCUACAGUGCACGCUUCGAGUACACCCGCUGUGAACGUCCAGCCAGAUGUCACUGGAGGUUGGGACUGGCAUGCUAAACCAGGAGGUUUUGGAAUGGGAAGCAAAUCAGCGGCCACCAGCCCAACAGGCUCCUCACAUGGCACUCCCACCCACCAAAGCAAGCCCCAGACUCUGGAUCCUUUUGCUGACCUGGGGACACUAGGCAGUUCUUCAUUCGCCAGCAAACCCACCACACCAACUGGAUUGGGGGGAGGAUUCCCACCUCUCAGCUCACCACAGAAAGCAUCCCCUCAGCCAAUGGGCGGAGGGUGGCAGCAGCCAGCAGGCUACAACUGGCAACAGGCACAGCCCAAGCCACAGCCCAGCAUGCCUCACUCCUCCCCUCAGAACCGACCCAACUACAAUGUGAGCUUCUCAGCCAUGCCUGCGGGCCAGAGCGAACGUGGGAAAGGAUCAACUAAUCUGGAAGGGAAACAAAAAGCAGCUGACUUUGAAGACCUGCUCUCUAGUCAAGGCUUCAAUGCCCACAAAGACAAAAAGGGGCCUCGAACCAUAGCUGAGAUGAGAAAGGAGGAAAUGGCCAAGGAAAUGGAUCCUGAGAAAUUAAAGAUUCUAGAAUGGAUAGAAGGCAAAGAGAGAAACAUCAGAGCCCUGCUUUCCACAAUGCACACAGUGCUGUGGGCUGGGGAGACCAAGUGGAAGCCGGUGGGCAUGGCAGACCUGGUGACACCAGAGCAGGUGAAGAAGGUGUACAGAAGGGCUGUGCUGGUGGUGCACCCUGACAAAGCCACUGGGCAACCCUAUGAACAAUAUGCAAAGAUGAUUUUCAUGGAGUUAAAUGAUGCCUGGUCUGAAUUUGAAAACCAAGGCCAAAAGCCCUUGUAUUAAUUUGUGAGCUUUUCUAUCUCAGCUGCAGCCCUGUGCUAAUGCUUAGUGUGUAUCACAACUCUGAGAUUUUCACAGAUGAACCAAAAAUUCCAGUAAUGUAUACCCAGUACUAAACUGUUAAGUUAUUUGUGAAUUAAUUUUUCAUGAUAAGGAAUGUGAAUGUUUGGUUUCUUGAAGUCCACAGAACCUAGAGGAACUUCAGCAAGCUCACCUUGCAGAGUCAUGACAUUUUAGCCUACCCUUUGGGAAGCCUACUCAGCAUUUUGCCUGGUAGGACAGAGGCUACCCAAGGUGAAGGCAAGACAUCCAUCUCAUUGUCUGGGAAUGAGAUUCAUGAGUGAAAGUUAUGACAAUUGGGUUACAUAAUGGUUUUUAAAGAAUGGUUUUUAGGGCUGUUUUUUUGUUUUUGUUUUUUAAAGUUGUCAUUUGAGCAAUGACUUUAAACAAACUCCAGGAAUAUCGCCAACAAGCAUUUUUAAAGGAAAUUUACAGUCAUCUUUAGCAUGAUACUAUGUAUGUCUUUUGGUCAAGAGAGCUAACAAAAACAGAAGAGGUUGGAUGGUGAGAAGUGAUUGUGCAAUCUAGGCAUUACCACUAACCUUUCCUGGAUAAGCUACAAAUCCAAGUACAUGCUGGCUAAAGACACCAGGGGGUUCUGAGAUGUCAAAAUCUAGAUUCCUGGCCAGAUAGUGGGCUUCGGACUCCCUUUCUCUUUAGAAAACGCUGGUUGAUUGAAGAAAAACUCUGCAAACCACAACUCAAGUCUAUUUGAAAGCCACUUCUAAUUUUUGCCAUAAGACUUAGAGCUCAUCCCUUUGCAUUGCCAAGGAAGCGUUCUUCACUGUAGAGAUGUUGUAGAGUGGUUGAGCCUUGUCAUAAUUUGUCGGAACCAGCAGCUAGUAGGGACCUGCUGUUCUGGUGGAUGGUGGGUGGCUAUGGGUGGAACAUAGAAGGCCGUACUGAGCGCUGGUUAGGAGAAGGGUCUGGGGAGCAAAGAGUUAGCUGUGUGCCAUCAGAUCCAGUUGGAUAGCUUACCAGUGCUGGCUUUGAAGAAGCAGCCCUGCUCUCAAGUGAACCUGGAUCUCCUGGAUUAUUUCCAUGGGGUUUGCUGUUGGCAAAGUAGUUGGGACCUGUGUGGAAAAAGGCAGAAAUGAAGCUUUCCCAGACCUACUGGCUUUCAGCUCAGGGUUUUCGUAGCUCUUGUUUUGCAGGGUAAGCAUCUGAGACUUCAGUAUGUCUCCUGGUGAGCAUGUGCACAACAUACAUAUUACAUAUACACAGAGAUAUGUACAUGCAUAAUGUGCACAUACAUAUUCACAAAGCAGGUGGUCAGAAAGAUUUCUGUACUAAUUGUAAAAGGUUCAUGCUCAAUAUCGUGAAAAAGCUUUCAAACAUUGUUUUUCAGACAAUCAAUUUUUGUUUCUGUUUUAAUAUUCUUGUGACAAACUGUACCGGAAAAGCAGCAUGUCAAAAACUAUUUUUGGUUUUGUAUAGAUCUCUUUUUUUUUCAAUUACAAAAUUCAUUAUUUAUUUUACCUUUUACUGAUAAUGUGAAACUCUCAAAAAAUGUUCUCUUUUAAAAUAUACAGCUAUAAACUGUUCACGGUAACCAUAACAACCUAGGUGUUAUUUAUUAAUGUAUUAUAAAACAAUGUUUGACCGGUAUGUGCUUGUCUUAUUUAACAUUGGAAUGUAAGACAUGUUGCUGUGACCUUUUUUUCCUCAUUCACAUUUGUAGAUAUUGUGUGAACUACAGUAUACAAUGACAGUAAUUAAAGGGUGUUAUGUGGCUGUCACGUACAUUUUGAAAUGCUAGAAUUAUAUUAGCUUCGUAUCAUGUUUGCAUACUUCGCUCCUGGUUUCACCACUGAACAUUAUGCCAUUAGCAAUGAGGAAAAAAAAACCUUCCUUAAAUUUGGGGCUUUCCCCCGUCUUUUUUCCAGAUACAUUAAAAUUCUGGACCCCUAUUUAUCUCAAAACUCUUAACAUAUGCAGACCAUCAGGUCUUGCAUUCCUUUUAAAUAUCUGGUUGUGAAAGAGCUUGUUGUUGAUCAGAUUCACUGUUUCAUUCAUAUUUAUUGUAAUAUAUUUUGUUUUGUAAAUAUGUUAAACACAAAAUGUCAAUGGUCUAAAAUAUUUGUAAUGUAUAUUAAAAAGGAUCAAAA